AUGAAGGCCUCAUCAGUACAGCAGGCCUUCAAGAGCCUGACGUCGCGUAUCCAUCCACAACUACCAUUGUCCGAACGCGAAUCUCAGCGUCUGCUGAACGCCCUCACUUCGUCCCNNUUCCGCAGCCACCUGGACCAUCAUCACAACCAUGACGCUGCCACUUCUGCUACUUCUGCCUCGGCUUCGACUCAACACCCUCUAUCACCCACUACAGCUACCGAUCGUCACUUGGCUUCCAUCUUGACGAACCCUCUUCUCACCAAGCCUGUCCACCAACAACUCAAGGCCAAGUCAAAGCACCCAAUCGCUCUGUUCGAAGACCAAGUCGCCGCUGGACGUGCCAACCUACCUUCUGCAAGAUUGUGCCUUGAAGCUUUCCGGACCUCUCUCUCCUCACUACCUCCUGCACAAGUCAAGGACCAGAUUGCUCGCUAUGCCGCAGGAUCCCGUGCUUUGAGAUGGCUUUGGACUAGUGCUCACACCCGCUCUCUUUCGUUCGCUUUAGAUGCUCGCUUCUGCAGCCACCUCGCCUUUUUCCUCAUACAUGAAGGCAGAGAGGCCGCCUUGUGGGAGCUGAUCGACACACCUGUCGCAACUUCGGCCAACCUCAAUGCCAAAGAAGCAAGUAUUCGUAAGGGUUUGUUGCUCAGCUCCAUAGUCAAGACUCACCUCUCUGGCCCUGAUAAGUCUCUCGAAUCUGCUCUCUCUGCUUUCUUCAGAGGCUUGGAUACUUCUUCAACAUCUCAUGCUUCCACUACCCAUGCUGGUGUCCAUUUAGCUGGAGCCUUGGUCAAACUCGGUCGCUUCUCUGACUCCGAUGUCGCUCUAUACGAUAAAUUCAUCGAUGCUGUUCCUCGUUGGACUAAGAAGCACCCAGAUAGGGCUAUCUACAGGAUUGCAAAUCUUACUUUACAUCAUCCCACCACACCCUCCGCGGAUCCAGCUUUGGACUUCAUACGAGAGCUUAGGCCUCUUGCUUCGCAUCCAUUCUUGAACCCGACUACUGCAUCCCAAAGAUCGACUGUCUUCGCUUUCUUCUUUGAUACUGUUCAACUCUUGCAGAAGCAGGAACGCUUUGACGACGCUCUGUGGGUAAUGGAGUUUAUGCAGCAGAAGUUCCCUGAGGAGUUCGCGCCACCUCGCAGAUCAUCUUCUGCUGCAACAGCAUCUCCCCAUGUCUCAGAGACAACAGAAAGUGCUUCUCCGCACUCGAGCUUUCCUGAGUGGAAAGUACCUGAGUUUGGCUGA